ACGUCGCUCCAGUGGGAUGGGAGCUUGCUGUUGGAGCGCGAGCGCUUUUCACAUACCAACAGGGUGAGAGAAUAGAGCGAACGCACGGCAGUGUCAACCAUGGUCAGCGCUUUGAGAGAACACUGUGGAAUCAACCGGGAGGGACAACAUCCAAAACAUGGAACGCGACUGAGCAACAUUGUAUCUUUCCUGGCUGUCUGAAGUUAUUUUUCUGCUCAAUCACUGAAGAAGAGGAGGAAGGUUGUCGUUUACGAAUUGGAUUCCAGAGCACUAGGAACACCCCUGUCUCGCACAUCCUCUCUUACUCUCUCUCUUUCUCUCUCUGUCUUUUUUCGGGUCUCCCCAUAUUCGCAUUGAAAAGUCACAGAGUUGAAAGGAUAUUUCGGUUUAUUGGAAUUAUAGCUGCUCUGAAGAUCGUUUUCUGGGAACAUUGUCUUGGAUGAGAACCUGUGAGCAUCAUGAGUAGCAGUGCCUAUCAGCAGGGCUCUUUGGAUGGUGAGCGGAGCUCUGGACCAAUCCGGUGCCAGCGUUGUCGGGAGGUGUGUAAGGGAGAGGUGGUGCGCGUUCUGGACACACACUUCCAUGUCAAGUGUUUCACCUGCACAGUGUGUGGGUGUGACCUGGCUAGAUCUGGGUUCUUUCAGAAGAGUGGUGAGUACAUCUGUACGUCAGAUUACCAGCGUCUGUACGGGACGCGCUGUGACCGCUGUGAUGGAUUCAUCACCGGGGAGGUGGUCUCCGCUCUGGGGAGGACAUACCACCCUACCUGCUUCGUCUGCAGUGUCUGCAGGAAGCCGUUCCCUAUCGGAGACAGAGUGACGUUCAGUGGGAAGGACUGUGUGUGUCAGCAGUGUUCUCACACACUCGUCACCUCCAACGAACCAAUCAAGAUCCAUGGACCCAGCCACUGUUCAGGGUGUGGAGAGGAUAUAAAACAGGGACAGUCUCUGCUGGCGUUGGAGAAACAGUGGCAUGUCAGCUGCUUCAAGUGUCACACCUGCAACAUGGUCCUCACUGGAGAGUACAUCAGCAAGGACAACGUGCCGUACUGUGAGUCUGAUUACCACGCCCAGUUUGGGAUUAAGUGUGAGACGUGUAGCAGAUACAUCAGUGGACGGGUACUGGAGGCGGGAGGUAAGCACUACCACCCUACCUGUGCCCGCUGUGCCCGAUGUCACAUGAUGUUCACAGAGGGAGAAGAAAUGUACCUGCAUGGUGGUGAGGUGUGGCACCCUUUGUGUAAGCAGGCAGCCAGCGCAGAGAGAAGACACAGGCACAGACGUCUGUCAGAGACCUCCAUCUCUCCACCGGGCUCGUCUAUUGGCUCUCCCAGCCGCGUCAUCUGUGCCAGGGUGGAGAAUGAGAUGCUAGACUAUAAGGACUUGGCCGCGCUGCCUAAGGUCAAGGCCAUAUAUGAGGUCCAGCCGCCUGACCUUAUAUCAUCCUACCAGCAACAGAAUCAUCCUACCAUAUCAUCCUACCAGCAACAGAAUUAUCCUACCAUAUCAUCCUACCAGGAACAUAAUCAUCUUACCAUAUCAUCCUACCAGCAACAGAAUCAUCCUAUCAUAUCAUCCUACCAGCCCUACCCCUCAGCUGACAUAGAGACCUUCAGCUACAGAGAGUCACUUGGGACUCUCUAUUCUCAGAAGCUGUAUGACAGUAUAGACAUGACACAGAGACAGUGUUCCAGCCACGGCUACAUGAACUCUCCCUCCUUCAGCCGUCAAGCCAUGUCUCCCAUCACGCCUCGCUCGCCGCAGCACUAUGGACACCCCGUGCUGGCUGCAGGUUCUGAGAGUGGCAGGAGCUCGCCCUAUUACGGCACGCUGGAGGGGCGGCCUAGUACACCUACCAUAUACCACGCCCCCAAACAUUUCCAUAUACCAGGCUCAGGCGAACCCAACAUCUACAGCAAACCUCCCAUCUAUAAGAGAACGGACAAUCUCCCAGCCACCAAAAGCAGGACCAGCGAAGAUCUAAUCAAAUCCUCCAGACUCUCGACCUACUCUCCAGAACCCUACACACAGUCAGAGUCUAACUACUGCCCUUAUCCCAGCUCCCCUAAAGUUCUCCGUGCUCCUAGAAGAAGGUACUCUACAGGAGGAGAUGAAGAGAGCUGGAGUCACAGCAGUCUUCAAAGAAUCCAGAGUGGUAUAGGGAGGAUGAUCCUAAAGGAGGAGAUGAAAGCUAGAUCUGGUUGCUAUGACAAUGACCCUUGGGGCAGCGCUCGGAACUCCCGCAGCAGCAGCAAGGAGACUCUCACCACUACUAGCUACAACAGCACCGGCUACAACAACACUGUCAAUGGCUCUCCUCGAUCCAAUUACAGCCUAGACAGUGAUUCGUACAAGUCAGCCUCUCUACCAGGAUACAGGCGGAACGGUGUCAACAGGCCCCAGAGUGCAGCCCCAGACUACUACCAACAGUAUGACAGCAGCAGUGACGUCAACUGGGGAACCAGAGAAUACAAGGUUUACCCGUAUGAAGCGCUGAUUGUGACCACCAGAGGGCGAAACAGACUGCCUAAAGAUGUAGACAGAGACAGACUAGAGCGUCAUCUGAGUCCCGAGGAGUUCCUCAAGGUGUUUGGGAAGACCGUGGCAGAGUUUGACCAGCUGGCUCUCUGGAAGAGGAACGAAAUGAAGAAACAGGCCCGACUCUUCUAACGGAGAGAGAGAGAGAGAGAGAGAGAGAGAGAGAGAGAGAGAGAGAGAGAGAGAGAGAGAGA